AUGGCCGUACAGAUACCAAAACAAAGACUGGCCAAUGCCAAGUUCAACAAGAAUAACGAAAAGUACAGAAAGUACGGUAAGAAGAAGGUAGACAAGGCCGACAAGAAGGCUGCUCCUUUGAUAUCCAAGACCUGGUUGGGCAUCCUUAUUUUCCUCCUGGUGGGUGGUGGUGUUUUGCAGCUGAUCAGCUAUAUCCUAUGA